AAACCUGACAUAGAUCUUAUUCAAGCUCUAGAAUAUGUCAACAAUGUGAUACUUCAAAUAAAUUCAAUUAGGAAUAAUGUCGAUGAAGAGUUCUUAGAAUGUUUUGAAGAACUUCAAAGUAAAUCAAAUGAUUUAGAUUUUGAGAUAAAAAUUCCAAGAAUUACAAAAAGACACACUUAUAGUCAGAAUACUCCCAAUAAUACAGUUCAAGAUUAUUUUAAAGUUUUUUUAUUUAUACCUUUUUUAGAUACAUUUAUUAGUCAGUUAAAUGACAGAUUUAUUAAUCAUAAUGAAAUUAUUCAAGGUUUUCAAUUGCUUUUCCCGAUUGCACCUCUUACUGAACAACAAGAAAAAUUAAUAAAAAAUUUGGCGGAAUUUUAUGCUAACGAUGUAGAAAAUUCAUCAAAUGUUUUAGCUGAAGUAAAAAUUUGGCAUCAUCAAGUUUUUAAAUUACGUGUCGAAACCAAUUUAAAAAUGGUUACUGCUAUUGAAGUAAUUAGUAAUUGCAAUAUUGAUCUAUAUCCCAACGUGUAUAAAUUGUUGAAAAUUCUUUUAACGUUACCUGUAACUUCAUGUGAAGCUGAAAGGUCAUUUUCAACUCUAAAAAGAGUUAAAACUUAUCUCAGAAACUCUAUAUCAGCAUUUAGACUUAAUGGAUUAGCAGCUUUGAAUAUUCACCGCGAAAUUACAGUUACUACAGAUGAAAUUAUUAAACAGUUAAGUGAGAAAAAAAGACGAUUAGAUUUUGUAAUAUAAAAUGUUUUUAAAAAUUGAUUGUAAUUUUUAUUAAAGUAGUUAUAUUUAUAAUUAUUUAUAAAUAUGUAACAAAACAUAAUAUUUUUAAGCUCUGAAACAAACAUUUGAAAAUAUAUAUAUAUUUUUUAAGAUUUAUAUCUGUGAUAUUAUGCAUUUUUAGUUUAUCAAAAACUCGAUACCAGAGACGUAUUUUGAAAUAUGUUACGGGGUAAGGUAUUUUAAUGAGGCAGACACCCCCCUCAAAAUAAUCCUAGUUGCGCUA